AUGCCUAAGACAUUCUCCUUUGGCUACUGCACUAUCGAAGACAGAACUUGUUCCUUUGUCUCUCAUAUCCAAACUUUCUUUACUACUCAUUAUGAAGAGAGUAGUGCUACUAUUAUUUUCGAGCUUGGUAAUCUUCAAACAUCAAUCACAAAUUCCAGAUAUAGUCGAUUAUUGGGGCUUUCAUUAGCUAGGGAUUUGAUCGAUCUAGAAUCCAUUUCCUCUUCUACUAUUCUGGAGAUGUUCUACCACACGGGUUACGGAAACUAUCUUGCGAUUGUAUCCAAGUUUAAUAAGCCUAAUCUUCCUCCCAUGUGGAAUGGGCUAUUUACCCUAAUUUUCAAGAGUUUUUUAGAGAAGGUAAUGGGUUUAGAUAGCGCAAGUAAGCUUUUUCUUACUAUUCUUUAUGGUAUUUACUUUGGGAUCAAUCUAGAUUACGAGUCAGUCCUUUCGGCUCAACUAGUUCAGAGUACUAUAUAUGUUACAUGGCACUCGGAGAUAUCAUGUGCUUGUUUUUGGUCCAUCAUUGUUCAGAGGGCUCUUGAUCGUCACAACAUUCCAGUGAUCAAGGGUUCGGCGCUUGCAAAAAUUCCCAUUUUCACACUUCAAAUGUUAUUUUGUCUGACAGUUCAAGAAAAUGUGGAAGUUUUUGAUGCCCGUCUCUUUCAUGCCAACAAGGAGAUUGAAGACCUAAAGUCCGAAAAAGUUGUAAUCAAGAGUUGGGUUGCUGAUGUUAAUGAUCACUUGCAUAAUCUCAUCAAGACUUGUGAUUCCCUCCUCACAUUCUCUGUUCAUCAGCAUCUUGCUAAGAAAUUGAAGCCCAUCUUCUCUAUUCUUGACCGAAUUAAGGGUGUUUCGGAAUCUUCGAUUCCAAAACAAAGGGGAGAAACGAGGAAAACUUCUGGUGAUGACAAAGCAACUGAUGGUGGUGAUGAUCACGAACAAAAACUAAAGUCUAAUGAUCUGAAGAAUAAUGUAGCUUCGGCAUCAAGAGGAAAAGAAAAUUUGGUUAAUGAUGAUGAUGAGGAAGAAGAAGAUGAAAAUGAAAAGUUAAAGUGUAAAACUCAUGAUGAUGAAAUUGAUGAAAACAUGUGA